AUGGAAAAGAAUUUAAAACUAUUUAUUUGUGCUGCUGGCAUAUUUGUAUGUUACUUUUAUUUUGGCAUCCUUCAAGAAAAAAUAACCCGAGGCAGUUAUGGUGAAGGUGAAAAUAAAGAGAAGUUUACUUGUACGUUAGCAUUGGUGCUUGUUCAAUGUAUUUUCAACUAUUUAUAUGCCAAAAUAGUAACUGCAACUGUGAUGAAACAAGGAGAAGACAGCACCAGAACGCUUUAUUAUAGUUGCAGUGCUCUAACAUACUUGUUGGCUAUGGUUUGUAGUAACAUGGCCCUACAAUGGAUUAACUAUCCUACACAGGUAGUGGGGAAAUCGGCCAAGCCGAUACCUGUUAUGAUUUUGGGAGUUCUGUUGGGAAGAAAAAGUUAUUCCAUGCAAAAAUAUCUAUUUGUGCUUUUGAUAGUAAUUGGUGUGGCACUUUUUAUGUAUAAGGAUGGCAAAACAUCUACUGAAAGUGACACAAUGAUUGGCUUUGGUGAAUUUUUGUUACUGUUGUCAUUGACUAUGGAUGGUUUGACAGCUGCCAUUCAAGAGCGAAUGAAAAGUGAAUUCCAGACAAAGUCUGGGCACAUGAUGCUUAGCAUGAAUUUAUGGUCCAUUUUGUUUUUGGGUAUUGCAGUCCUUUCAACUGGUGAAUUAUUCACAUUUAUAUCAUUUAUUCAAAGGCAUCCUAGUAUAAUUUGGCAUCUUGUUACUUUCUCUGUUGCAAGUGCCCUUGGACAGUUUUUUAUUUUUUUGACAGUCAGUGAUUUUGGUCCUUUACCAUGUUCUAUAAUGACAACAACAAGGAAAUUUUUCACAGUCCUAGGAUCUGUAUUAUUAUUUGGUAAUACAUUAUUGCCUAGACAGUGGCUUGCCACAGUCCUUGUAUUUUCGGGUUUGUUCCUAGAUGGUAUGUAUGGAAAGACUGUAUCUAAAAAGAAAUGA